AUGGCAGGCUAUGCGAUGGCACCUGGCGGGGAUUAUACUGUCACGACGCUACUCGCGACGACCCUGGGUACCGGUUUAUGUAUUGGGUCAGCGAAUGCGAUCAAUCAAUGGAUCGAAACGCCAUACGACGCACAAAUGCUACGUACACGAAACCGUGUGCUUGGCCGACGGGCAUUAUCACAAACCCAUGCAUUUGGGUUUGGGGUCAGUACAGGUAUUGCUGGCGUUUCUUUACUCGCCACGUGUGUCAAUCCGAUCACAGCUGCUUUGGGAGCAAUCAACGUCUUGCUCUAUACCUGUGUGUAUACCCCGAUGAAACGGACGUCGAUUGUAAAUACAUGGGCAGGUGCUGUUGUCGGAGCUAUCCCUCCCAUGAUGGGUUGGGCGGCAGCUACUAACAGCAUUAUGGACCCAGGAUGCUGGGUUCUCGGUGGCAUCUUGUAUGCUUGGCAGUUUCCUCACUUUAAUUCGUUGGCGUGGAAUUUGAGACCUGAUUAUUCGAAGGCUGGCUAUCGAAUGAUGGCUGUGACCGAUCCAAAGCUGAAUGCCAGGGUGUCUCUAAGGUAUAGUUUGGCUAUGUUUCCGUUAUCCAUCGCGAUGCCUUAUUUAGAUUUGACCUCUUGGUGGUUUGCAUUCGAUUCCUCUGUCGUAAAUGGUGUGCUGGCUUAUGGUGCCUACAAGUUUUGGAGGAAGAGUGAUGAUAAGAGUGCAAAACAGCUAUUCUUUGGAAGUAUAGUUCAUCUGCCAGUCAUUCUUGCUCUAAUGAUGAUUCAUAAAAAAUGGACUUCUGGAAAAGAACAUGAUGAAGACGAUGAAUAUGAAGAAGUUAUUCAGUGGGUGACCGACGAUGAAUAA